AUGUCGCCGAUUCCUUGGGAAGCAGGAGGAGGGUGGUGGUGUGCUCCCCAAGAUGAGGGGGCCCCACCGCCGCCGGAACCGGUGACCAGACUGGUAGAGUACUGCCAGAGUGAGCGGCUUCCCCUAAUAGUGGGUUGCGAUGCUAACUCGCACCACACGGUCUGGGGUAGCAUGGAUACCAACGACAGAGGUAGGAGGCUGUUAGAAUUUCUAGCGUCGACGGACCUGGAGAUUCUCAACAGAGGUAACGAGCCCACCUUUUGCACGGCGGUGAGGAGAAAGGUUCUCGAUCUUACUGUCUGUUCUAGGUCGAGGGACGUAGUCGGAUGGAGGGUCUCGCGCGAACCUUCACUGUCAGACCAUAGACAAAUCACCUUCAAGCUGGCCUGGGCCAGAGGUGAAGUGACGACGUUCAGGGACCCCAGAAGGACCGAUUGGGACUCCUAUCGGGUGGACUUGAAAUGCCAUCUCGAGGGCUUCCCAAGGAGGCACGGGACCGAGGAGGAACUGGAGCUCUGCGUGGAUCAUCUGCAGAGGGCUCUGGUGGAGAGCUAUGAAAGGAACUGCCCAGAAAGGGCAGUUAAGAAUUCCAGGGGCAACUCCUGGUGGAGUCCCAAGCUGCAGGAGCUCAGAAGUGCGGCUCGGAGGGCCUGGAAUAGGGCUAGGAACACAGGAGUGAAGAGAGAACUAAGGGCCCAGAAAGACUACAGAGACUCCGUGGUAAGGGCAAAGAAAAAGAGCUGGAAAGAGUUCUGCGAGUCGGUAGAGGGCCUGCCCGAGACCGCAAGACUAUACAGGAUUCUAGCCAGAAACCCAGACGCCGUCUUGGACUCCAUUAGUCUCCCUGAUGGGACAAUGGUGACCGGGGAGCGAUGUCUGGCGCACCUGCUGAAGGCCAGUUUUCCGGGCUUUCGCAGAGAGCACGGUGAACUGUUCGCCCAUGAUGCGGCGGGCUCGCGCAGGGCUCGCAAGGCGGACUGGGGAUUAGCGGCCAGCAUUGUCAAGCCCGGAAAAGUGAGAUGGGCGAUAAACACCUUCAAACCCUUUAAGUCGGCGGGACCAGAUCAAGUAUUUCCGGCUCUUCUACAGGAGGGGCUGGAGCUGGUCGUGGGACCUCAAGGACUUUGA